UCGGAGACGACGUUAAAACGAGGCUUGCAAUCGUCUGCUAUCACAAGAACACAGCUCUUGGAGGUGAGCGGAUCUAAAACUUGUGUUCUUAAAAGGCGGCUUGAGUUCAAGAAUCGUUCAAUACCUGUUGGGACUGUACUGAAGUAGUGCCGUACCGGAACAAGUUCGGUCCUAGUUUCAAUACAAUUAAGGGUGUGGCCAGGUGGUUACCUGUGCAAAUUUUUUCACGUUUGUAAAAAAAUGGCAAUGCAACCACAGCAGCAAGUUUUUGAACAAAAGACAGAGACCCGUUUGUCCGUUCUAGAAGAACAAAACAACAUACUCCAGAGCUAUUUUGAGAAAAAGCAGGCUGGCAAGAGCUUAGAUGAUGAGGAUGGAGAUGAAAAUAAGGAGAGAGGAAACUGGAGUGGACGUUUUGACUUCUUCCUGUCCUGUCUAGGAUAUGCUGUGGGUCUCGGAAAUGUUUGGCGUUUCCCUUAUCUCUGCUACAGGAAUGGAGGAGGUGCUUUCCUUAUUCCCUAUGUAAUUAUGUUGGCCAUUGUUGGUGUUCCCAUCUUCCUAAUGGAGUUGUCCCUCGGACAGUUUGCAAGUGCUGGACCUGUGACAUGCUGGAAAUAUGCACCCCUUUUCACAGGUGUGGGAUAUGGAAUGUUCAUCGUAUCGGGGCUUGUUGGUAUCUACUACAACAUGAUCAUCGGCUGGGCCUGCUACUACCUGUUUGCCUCCUUUACCACCGAACUGCCAUGGGACAAGUGUGGAUCCUGGAGCACAAACCUUUGUUUCGACAGAGUUCACAUUCUGAACCAAACGGCUGGUGAAACCUGUCAAUUGGCUGGUUCUAGAACUAUGAACAAAACUUGGUUCAGCAACUUCAACUGGGGCACCUGCCAUGACGAUCAGCCAUUUGCCAAGUCAAACGUAGUGGGUUUCAUUAACAAGACGCUGGCUAGCGAGUUCGGCAUCAAGCGUGAACUGCCAUCCCAGGAAUAUUUUGAUUACGUGGCAACUGGUGCAGGCUACAGUGCAGGUCUGGAUGAUCUGCAGUCGCCUCGCUGGCAGAUGGUCCUGUGCUACCUUCUAGCUUUCGUCUUUGUCGUCUUGGCGCUCAGCAAGAGUAUUAAGACUUCAGGCAAGGUCGUGUAUUUCACUGCCACAUUUCCCUAUAUUGUGUUGGUCAUCCUGCUGAUCCGUGGUGUAAUGCUGGAUAACUACAUGGAGGGCAUAAAAUUUUAUAUCACACCAGAUCUGGAAAGACUGAAGGACUCCGGGGUGUGGAAGGAUGCUGCUGUGCAGAUCUUCUUUUCUCUGUCUGCUUCAUGGGGUGGUUUGAUUGCUUUGGCCAGUUACAACAAGUUCCACAACAACUGUGUCAGGGAUACGUUGACUGUAGCGUUUGGUAACUGUCUGACCAGUGUGUUUGCCGGAUUUGUGAUCUUUUCCUACCUCGGCUACCUGUCGAAACUGAUCGACGUUCCAGUUGCUGAAGUGGCAAAGAGUGGACCAUCCUUGACCUUUGUGGUGUACCCGUUCGCCGUGACGACUCUACCUGCGGCACCAGUCUGGGCUAUCCUUUUCUUUAUGAUGUUGAUCACUCUCGGUGUAGAUUCCGAGUUCGUAUUGGUGGAGACUGUGAUCACCUCCCUCCUCGACAGAUUCCCAAAACUGAGAAAACAAAAGCUCCUCACUGUUAUUGGUAUAUCGGCGUUGUUCUUCCUCCUUGGUUUGACACUGACUACAAAUGGAGGAAUCUACAUGUUGGAGGUCAUGGAUACCUAUUCUGGCGGAUGGAACAUUCUCGUCAUUGCCAUCUGUGAAUGUAUCUCGAUCGGCUGGAUAUACGGAGUGCAACGAUUUAUGAACGACAUUGAAUGCAUGAUUGGAAAUAGUAUUGUGUUUACGAUCCUGAAGUACUGGUGGGCGUUCUGCUGGUGCUUUCUCACUCCCCUCUUGUGUGCUGCCAUCAUCAUAUUCUCCUGGGUGGAUUACAAGAGCAUGGCAGAAGGCGAUAGUGGUGACAAGUACCCAGUAUUUGCUGACGUUCUCGGAUGGCUGAUGACCAUGCUUGUGAUCAUUUGCAUAAUCGGAACUGCCAUCUACCAGCUGGCAAUCACCCCAGGAAGUAUUGCUGAGCGCUUCCGAAAGACAUGCUCUCCCACUCCAGAGUGGGGUCCUGCUCUUGUGAAGCACCGAAAAGAAUGCGCAGAGUACACCGUGGAGAAGAACUAUGAUCGUUCCUUUGUUGUUGAUCCGUGGAAUGAAGGUCCCAUCCCAUCUAAGGGAGAUCUCCCGAUGACCACUACCGGUGGUAAUCAAAAUAUAGGCUAUGUCCCAUGUCAAGACACGCAGUACAAUCCUAACAUCAAGAUGACACAGAAAGGAGGGUAUGCCAACGAUGGAUAUGAUGCUAGGCUGUAACUGCUGGGCAGAACAGAUCUGAAAUAUCUACUCAAAACAAACGCAGGACAGAAGUUUUCAUGGGAGAUAACUCCGGAUGUUUGUAAAAAAAAUAAUGUGCAUAAUAUACUUACUAGCUGUUGUGUUCUUACACCAUCAAAGACUCGAGGAAUUCCAAACGAAGUGAUUUAAGACGUCGUUCAUAUCGUGGUUGCAGUGCAGGUGAUGGUCUUUAUGGCUUUUGGUUGUGACUGUAAUGAAGACAUUGUCGGAUCUUGUCACAAUGACAGAAAUUGAGAUGAACUUUGACCCUUUGAAGGAAUAAUCUACUAUGGCAAUAUGGGUUUUUUACUACCUUUAUCGUAACAGUGUGGUGGUAGAAAUUGAUAUCGGGGUAUUUCUCAGAAGGAAUGACCAAAAAAUUCCAAUUUUGUGGUCGCAUAGAUAAUGAUACAUUCCAGUGCUGCUCCGUUAUCAAGAUUAGGUUUUGGGGUCCAAGAUGGACAAUGGUAUUCAAGUCCCAACAUUGUGCCAACUUACAUGUUUCUAAUUAUUUGUAAAUCACAAAAAAGGUUACGUGUUACUUGGAAGAAGAGAUAUUUUAUUAACAUUUUGUGAUCUAUUUUUAUGAUAUUUCGUAUAUUAACUCGCCAAUUAUACUUUGUCAGAGAAAAUAACGUUUU